AGGAGUGAUCAGGAAAUUACUAUUAUGAAAGCGCUUUUUAUGGUGUUUUCCGUAAAGGUCCUUGUAGAUCUCGAUCGUUAAUCUAUCAACGGACCGGAUCGAUUUCCCUUUUGUUUCCAGAGCAACUCUUUCGUCCCCUCUGACACGUGACUCGCCUUGCAGUCGUUCUGCACCGGGCGCCCACCUCGCUCUCCCCCUUCGCCGGCGUUGCUCGCCGGAGUUCAGAUUCCCGGCUUCGAAGAUGCCCGGACCAGCCGAUCGCCAUCGCUCUAUCCCAACCAUUCGCGAACUCUCUGGCGUGGCCACCCUGUCUCAUUGCCUCUUCGCCGGACGGAAAGCGACAGAGUUGCCUUCAUCUCCCUCUCUUCGUAUUUCACUCUUCUAUUUCAGCUUCAGGUCUCUGCUGACGAAUCAAAAGAUGGAUUCUCUUGCUGCACUAUUCAAGCAGCUUAAGGCUGCAGAGCCCUUUUUCUUACUAGCAGGUCCAAAUGUUAUUGAAUAGGAGGAGCACAUACUUAAGAUGGCAAAACAUAUAAAAACUGUAACGUCUAGGCUUGGUUUGCCCCUAGUGUUCAAGUCAAGUUUUGACAAAGCUAAUCGCACUUCGUCAAAAUCAUUUCUUGGUCCUGGUUUGGAACAAGGUCUGAAGAUUCUUGAGAAAGUAAAGGCGGCAUAUGAUCUGCCAAUCAUAACUGAUGUCCAUGAGAGUAGCCAGUGUGAAGCUGUAGGCCGAGUUGCUGAUAGUAUUCAGAUUCCAGCUUUCCUUUGUCGUCAGGCAGACCUUCUAGUAGCAGCAGCUGAAACUGGAAGAGUCAUAAAUAUCAAGAAAGGCCAAUUUUGUGCUCCGUCAGACUUCAAUAAGUUAUGGUGAAUUCUGCAGAAAAGGUUAGACUCACAGGAAAUGCUAAUGUAAUGGCUUGCGAGAGAGGCACUAUGUUUGGUUACAGUGAGUUUGCUUUAAUAUUUGUUACAACAUGUGUUGUCAUGCCCAACAUCAUCUAUAAUUUGAUAUUUUGCUGUCUUUCUGUAAAUUGUCUAGAAUGUUGGUUAUGUGAAGGAAAAACCUUUUUACAUUGAGUUAAGAUAGAUCCUUUGUUUAUAUUAUGGCAUUCAUAAGUCAGAAACUUCUAGUGAGCUCUUUGUUUUCUCUUGUUUAACCUUUACUGUACAAUUUUGUUCUUUGACUUGAUAUUAACUAAAAGAGAUACCUUUAUCUGCCAAUAGUGAUCAAAAGUACACAUCUUUAAAUCUUAGAAUUGUAUAAAUACAUUUUCUUUUGUUUAACUGGGUUCAAUCCUAUGAAAAUGCCUCCAUUUGCCAAUAGUGAUCAGAAGAUUUCAUUUCUUUUCCAUCCCUGAAUCACCCUCUAACAUUUUUGCUCUUAAUUGUUCAAUUUAGGUUCCAUCUAUUUUGUAAAAAAAUGUUUUUAAGGAAAAUGAAAAUUUGAUUUUAUAGUGUUUGGUAUGAUAAAAAAAAUCAUAAACAAUAGAAAAUUUUCUUUUGGUCACUAGAAGAUAUAGAAUUCUUUGAGGAAAAUGACUUCCUAUGAAAAAGAGUGGAGUCAUCUUCUCACUCAUUCAUAAGCUUUUCACUCAAUCAAUAAAUUCAUCUCCACCCUUCGCCCUCAUUUGAACAGAGAUUGAUUGAUCUAGGUAGGCCAAUUCAACUAGGUAAUCUAGUUGUGUUCGUCAAACCAAGUGGUCAAUCGAGCUAGACUGUCCAACCGUUCCAAUAGAGCUGAGCAAGUUGAGUAAUCUAGGUAGUCAAGGGAGGUUGAGUGAGCCGAGUGAGUUGGUUGGAAUCAGGUAAUUUAGGCGAGUAGGAUAGGUUAGUCCAAUUGAGAAGUUUAGGUGAGUCGGUCAGGUCGACUAGUCUUGUUGAUAUUAGUCCUUAGUGUUUUAAUGGUUGGCAAACAUGUGUAAGUGAGAGAUUUGAGAUUGACAAAGUUGACUAGGUGUACAAGUCAACCUAAUCAAGGUGGACUCUUUGGAUCAGGUGGAAAAGCAUUUUAGUUGACCUAGUUAGGAUGGAGUCUCUGGAUUAAGUGAUGUGUUUCAACUUUGAAGAAAUACCCUAGAUAUGUAACUUGGUAGUGUUGGAACCCCAAGGUUGUUUUGGUGUGAUCAACAAGUUAAGUUAGGUCCUGUGUGUAUUUAACCUUGUGUCUAAGUGUGCAGGAGCUUAGGAGCACAGGUACUCGAG